AUGACAAAUGUAUGGAAGACGGUUCCACAGGCGUACAGCUGCCUGCCGGCCACGGUGCUGGCGUCUUGCGUGGAGAGCGUGUGGUGCUGCGGCGGCGGCGGGGGAGGCGGGCAGCAGACGCAGCUGUCGCGCGCGCUGUGGCUGUGGUGCGGCGCGCUGGGCGCGCGCGUGUGGCUGCCGCUGCUGCCGCGGGACGCCUCGCGCCGCCCCGACUCCUCGCGGCACACCUUCAUGGCCAAGCGCAUCAUGCUGCCUUUCCAUCUUAACAUAUACCCCUUAACUAUACUGUUUGACGAUGCAAUACUCCUGGGAGCAGAAAAUGACACCACCUUAUAUGCGUCUGACUCUAACUCUGUGUUCUCGUUGCCCUUCUGUGUUGUAAAUAGAACGAGCCAGGUGUAUCUUCACCAAAUCCUUCGUCAGUUGCUGCGUCGCAAUCUGGGCUACCACGCGUGGGAAAUCGCUCGCUCCUGUGCACAGCUGCCGUACUUCCCCCACUCACUGGAACUCCUUCUCCACGAGGUGCUGGAAGAAGAAGCAACUAGCAAGGAACCGAUCCCAGACGCACAGCUUCCCAGUGUCAUUGAGUUUGUUCACGAAUUCCCCGUCUAUUUACAGACAGUUGUGCAAUGUGCGAGAAAAACAGAAAUUGCUCUUUGGGCAUAUUUAUUCUCCGCGGCCGGCAAGCCUAAGGAGCUGUUCCAAGAGUGCCUGCAGAGGAAGAUGCUGGACACCGCCGCUUCGUACCUUAUUAUAUUACAGAACCUGGAGAGUUCGACAGUCAGCAGGCAGCUCGCGACACAAUUACUGGACACGGCGCUGCAACAGGAGAGAUGGGAUCUAGCUAGAGAUCUAGUGCGCUUCUUGAGAGCUAUAGAUCCAAAUGACGUCGAUUCGCCGCGGAACUCUGUGAAUGUUCAAGCGAAAUACGGACAGAUCGUGCAGCCGCAACCUAACGCUGAGGACCUGUCUGUUAUACUUGGCAGUAUGCAGCUGGCGGGCGCGCGCGGGCGCAGCUUCAGCACGACGGCGGCGCCGCGCGAGCCGUCACCGCCCGCCGCCGCGACUGCGCCGCCGCCCGCCCGCCGCACCGCCGCCGUCAAGCGCAAGAAGUCCGUGCCCGCGCGCGCAGACAGAGAGUCGUACAGCGGCACGGCAGAGGAGUUCUUUAUCGAUAUGAUGAUCCAACGUCACGCUCGCCUGCUGUUGUCCACCGCGAGACUGAUGGCGCUGGGCAAGCUGGCGGCGGCGUUGGAUCUGCACCUCGUAGCCUGGUUGGCGGGCGAGAGGGAGAGGGCCGCGAGGGUGGACAAUGCCGUGCUGUGCCUGAAGCGACUGCACGAGGAUUUCGCCUGGCCCUACCCUGUGCUACAGCAGGGAGAGGAGCACUACAUACAGCGAAAGGCUAGUGUUGUGCCAAGUGGAUACUCGGUAGCGGGCGAGGGGGACAGCCUGUGCGGCGACAGCGGCUACGUGAGCCUGUCCUUGCGCGCCGCGCUGCCCCUCGCGCCCGCCUCGCCCGACCAGCCCCGUCCGCCGGCACCACCCAGUUCGGCGGGCGAGUGCAGCGUGGCGGAGGGCGGGUGCGCGGCGUGGGGCGGCGUGGGGGAGGCGGCGGGUGGGGCGGGGGAGGAGCGGCGCUACGCCGCGCUCAUGGAGCGCCUGCCCCUGCACCAGGCCGAGCGCGGCGACCACACCUCGCACGUGCGCUUGCGAUACUUCUUACAACUGAUGACUGAAGCGAGCUGCGUUGAAUGGGCGCUGGUGGUGGCGGUAGCGCUGCGGGACGCGCUUGCCGUGCUGCGGACCACAAACGCGGCACGCGGACACGACGUGAGCCUGGGAGCCGUGCGGAGACUGCGCGCCGCCGUCCUGCAGCUGUGCGCCUGGAGCGAUGCCGAGUGGUACGUGUGUGUGCAGCCUGCGCGCUGCAGCUGUGCGCCUGGAGCGAUGCCGAGUGGUACGUGUGUGUGCAGCCUGCGCGCUGCAGCUGUGCGCCUGGAGCGAUGCCGAGUGGUACGUGUGUGUGCAGCCUGCGCGCUGCAGCUGUGCGCCUGGAGCGAUGCCGAGUGGUACGUGUGUGUGCAGCCUGCGCGCUGCAGCUGUGCGCCUGGAGCGAUGCCGAGUGGUACGUGUGUGUGCAGCCUGCGCGCUGCAGCUCUGCGCGUGGAGCGAUGCCGAGUGGUACGUGUGUGUGCAGCCUGCGCGCUGCAGCUGUGCGCCUGGAGCGAUGCCGAGUGGUACGUGUGUGGGCAGCCUGCGCACUGCAGCUGUGCGCCUAGAGCGAUGCCGAGUGGUACGUGUGUGUGCAGCCUGCGCGCUGCAGCUGUGCGCCUGGAGCGAUGCCGAGUGGUACGUGUGCGGGCAGCCUGCGCGCUGCAGCUGUGCGCCUGGAGCGAUGCAGAGUGGUACGUGUGUGUGCAGCCUGCGCGCUGCAGCUGUGCGCGUGGAGCGAUGCCGAGUGGUACGUGUGUGUGCAGCCUGCGCGCUGCAGCUGUGCGCCUGGAGCGAUGCCGAGUGGUACGUGUGUGUGCAGCCUGCGCGCUGCAGCUGUGCGCCUGGAGCGAUGCCGAGUGGUACGUGUGUGUGCAGCCUGCGCGCUGCAGUUGUGCGCGUGGAGCGAUGCCGAGUGGUACGUGUGUGGGCAGCCUGCGCGCUGCAGCUGUGCGCCUGGAGCGAUGCCGAGUGGUACGUGUGUGUGUAGCCUGCGCGCUGCAGCUGUGCGCGUGGAGCGAUGCCGAGUGGUACGUGUGUGUGCAGCCUGCGCGCUGCAGCUGUGCGCGUGGAGCGAUGCCGAGUGGUACGGGUGUGUGUAGCCUGCGCGCUGCAGCUGUGCGCGUGGAGCGAUGCCGAGUGGUACGUGUGUGUGUAGCCUGCGCGCUGCAGCUGUGCGCGUGGAGCGAUGCCGAGUGGUACGUGUGUGUGUAG